AUGCUGUUGAAGAAAGCAGAAAUCAAGGAAGCUGAUAUUGCAAAAGGUGUAAAUAUGCUAACAAAACAAAGGUCUCAAACAAUCGAGGAUGUGGAGAAGUUUUCAAUAAAGGACAGUUUUGUCUCUGCUUUGCCAUAUCUGUUGAUGUGGCUGUUUAGUAUUAUUGCAGGACAAGUGGCUGACUACCUCAGAACACGAGGCACCCUUUCUACCACAGCUACUCGUAGAAUCUUUAAUAGUAUUGGUAUAUAUGGUCCCAUGGUUUGCAUCGUCCUUGCUGGCUAUGCUGGAUGCAACCGAGAUGCAGCAAUUGGCUUACUUUGUGGAGCUGUAGGUUUGAACGGUGCUGUGUAUUCUGGUUAUAUGAACUCUCACCUGGAUAUAGCUCCUAACUUUGCUGGUACACUUAUGGGCAUUACCAACACCGCAGCCACAAUUCCAGGAUUCGUGGCUCCUCAAGUGGUUGGAUAUCUUAUUAAAGGAAAGGAAACCGUGAGACAGUGGAAACUUGUAUUUUGGAUAGCUGGUAUAGUGUACUUUGUGGGCAACACAUUUUACAUUAUAUUUAUCUCUGGAGAACAGCAACAUUGGAAUGAUCUUGAGAAAUCAAAUGAAUAUGGUAUGUACAUGGUUAAGCACAACACGUCGCCGAGUAAAAAAGAAACGCUACCUUACACUUGCAUAACAGGGUCGGCACUGCGUCAGCGUUCUCUCUACCUAGCGUGCAGCGUCUUACCUUGGACAUGUAAGCAUGCACACGACAGCCAAACAUAGUCGCUGGAACUGUGAAGCGCAGUUCCAUACAAGGAUUUUGGAAAUUUUUUCAUGUACUAGGGGAUGGCUACUGACAUUAAGCUAAAGAAUUAAAGAAAAAAAAAUCAUUAUACAGGUCCACAUUCCUUUAUCCAAAACCCUUGGGGCCAGUAGUGUUUCGAAUUUCUGAAUGAAGGUGGAGUCUUGGGCAGCACCCCAUAAUUAAACAUUAACACUGCAGCAAAAAAUGUAUGAAUACUCACACUAAG